UUACACCACCCCAUUCUUUCAUCACCUUCCCCCAUUUUCCUUCAUCAGUUUUUCUUCCUCUCUUUCUCUUUCUCUCUCUCUCUCAUUCAUCCAUUUGAGCCAUCAUUAUAGCUACGUAUAUAUAUGCGUAAACACAAAGGUAAAUAUCAAGAAUCCACCAGAAGUCAUACAAGACUUAAAGAGGUUUUCUCAAACAUGGAAGAUCAAGAAGAGCAUGACAACUCGCCGGAAAACAGUGGAGAGUCACCAACUUCUGACAUGUUUAACGACGUGAAGACCACUUCCACUUCAAGUACCCUUAAAAGGAGUAGACGUUCGAUACAAAAACGAGUAGUAUCAGUGCCACUAAGAGACAUCGAAGGAUCUCGGUUGAAGAGUGAGACAAAUGCUCCGCCUUCUGAUUCUUGGGCUUGGAGAAAAUAUGGCCAGAAACCCAUCAAAGGCUCACCUUACCCUCGUGGCUACUAUAGAUGUAGUAGUUCGAAAGGAUGUCCCGCAAGAAAACAAGUAGAGAGGAGCCGAACAGACCCCACUAUGGUUAUGGUGACGUAUUCAUGCGAGCACAACCACCCUUGGCCGGCUUCAAGAAACAACAAUCACCACCACCACCACAACUCCGCGGCAUCACCACCACCUGCAGCCUCCACUACCACUACCACCACCACAGAAGAAACAGUCUCAUACUCCGAUGAUCAAGAAGAAGAUCCUCCUCUCAUUACAAAGCAAUCUAUAUCCGAGCCUGAUGAAAAGUUCACCAGUACUCUUGAUCAGGUGGUGACGGGUGGGCCUUUUGUAACUUCGAGCGAUCAAUUCGGGUGGUGUUAUGAUUUGGAAUCCACGACCUCAACCAUGUUAGAAAGUCCAUUGAUGGCUGGAGACAUAGUGGGAGAUGCUGACAUGGCUAUGAUAUUCUCAAUUAGAGAAGAAGACGAGUCUUUAUUUGCCGAUCUUGGUGAGUUGCCAGAAUGCACGACGGUUUUCCGGCGGAGGGAGAUAAUAAACGAGGAGGAGCACCACCAUAGGAGGCCGUGCAACUUGGCCCCAUGGUGUGGUACAAAAGGGUGACGACACAGGCAGAUAUUUUAGUGAUGAAUUUGUCUUUACUGUGGGCUGGUAUUUGUAAAACUCCGAGGAGUUGCGUACAGUGCGCCUAAAGAUACCUAAAAAAACAAAUUUACGAUCUUGAAACUUUUCCACUUUUAAUUUUUUAGAUAUUCCUUGGUUUCAGUGUCAUAAUUAACCAAUAAAAGCUUGGAGAGAAAAAGUGUUCCCAUUGGAGAUGAGUUUGUCUUGAUGUGGGUGUUACUCAGAAUUGAAUUGUUUGGCCACCGUUUCCAACGUCAAUCUACUUUGCAUGGCACUUUUAGUCUUUAACUGUAACUGAAAGGAUAUACCAUCAUAUGCCAUUUAUUUAUUCAAUUUUGUUCCCGUUUGUUUAAGGAUACGCUCCUUUUAAUUAGUUUCCUAUGAUUAUAAUUCAUAAAGUGAUGGAGG